AUGGAUGAUACAGCAGAGGAUUGGGAGAAUGUCAUGAGGCUGACAGCGAAAGCAGUGGCUGUUCUCCUGCCUAUUCUGGGGAUCUCCUGGAUCUUUGGUGUUCUUGCUGUCAACACACAUUCUUUAGUGUUUCUUUACAUCUUUGCUAUAUUCAACUCAUUGCAGGGAUUUUUUGUCUUCUUGUUCCACUGUCUUCUUAAUUCUGAGGUCAGAGCAGCAUUCAAGCACAAAACAAAAGUGUGGUCACUAACCAGCAGUUCCAUCCGCAACAUAAAUGUGAAGCCUUUUCACUCCGAUAUUAUCAAUGGAAAUAAAGACUGCGCAAUUCCCACUAAGAUGAACACAUGGGACAAAAGCGACAAUUCAGCCAAUCGCAUUGAUCUCUCCGCAGUAUAG